CACGCUUUGCGGUAGUUAUCUGUCAAAAAACACGCGCAGCAGAAAGCGUUUGCGGCAUGGUCAAGUGUAACAGUAGGUUUAUUGUUGUUGUCCAAGACGUGUGGUGUAGUUUCAGUGAUUCCACUUGGUAGCCAGCUGGGUGAACAUGUAUCAAAGGGAAACACUACUCAAUAUAGACGAAGACAGCCGCAAAGAGAAACGCAGAGAGCGUGCUGAGCUGCAGAAAGAACUCUAUAAGGCGCUCUCCGGUGUGGUGCUGCUCGGUGGACAACCUGCGCAACCGACGGAUGAGAAGUUGUGUGAGUUGGAAGAGCUGUUAAACGAUCCACGAUGGAUCCGGCUCCAAGAUCUGGUGGAAGAGAUGAAGUUCUGGGAUGCGGCGACAACGAUACCGAAGCUCAAAUCGUUUCUUUACAAUGCGCGGCAGCAGGAUGUGAUUGGGAAGCUACUGGACAACACGGCCAUCAGCUUCUCAUACCUCAAGCUAAUUAUACAACACUUUCAGGCUGACAACGAGCGCAUUGAACCGGACCUCAAUGCUCCCAUUCACUAUGCCGUGAGGCAACUGAAUGAUGAACUCCUGGACUGGCUUCUGAACGAUCGGCAACAGCGGGUGGACGUGAAUUUACGCAACAAUCAAAAAGAGACGGCCCUGGGCAUACUCUGCGCGUUGUACGACGAGUGCAUGAAAGAGACCAACCGGCAGCAACGCUCGACGGUAAAUGUGUUGGGCAAAAUAAGACACCAGAUCGGCCAGUUGCUGGCGGCCGGAGCGGACUUUAACAUCUGUAGCAUGCAGCUGAAGUUGCCGUUUGAGCUUCUGCUAAAGCACUACCAAAGCGAUGAAUCUACAGGAAGGUUCGUGGAUCGUUGCGUGCAAGGCGCCGGCCAAGCGCUCGCGAUCGGUCACAUCCAUAAGCGCACGGUGGAGUUUCACAACAAAGAAUCGCCGGUAAAAGUGACGGAGGAGCUGCUGGAAAUUUGUUUGCGCUACAAUGACCAGCAGAGUUUCCUGCACUACUUAGGCAGCUUCACGGUAACGGAUCAGAACGUAAAGAAGCUGAUUCAGGUUGUGCUGCAUACCGCCGUCGAGCAGAAGCUGAGCGAAUGUGUGCGCAAGGUCGUCGACCUGUUCGGUGCCCUGAUAUUUCAAGUCGUCAUUCGACCGAUGGGACGCGAUGCGAAACGCGUAAAGUUACAAAAGUCCUCGGAGCUGGUUCAUCGGGUUGAGUUGAAAGGACUGCUGAAAAAGGCCUGCCUAAUGGCAGACGUGUUGAUUGUUCAGUUAUUCAUGGGCCGUAUGACAGAUUUGUUGGUGCUUAAUGAUGAUCCACUGCUAGCCCUGACGCUGACCAAAGCAUACGAUGCUAAACGCCGCACGGAGGACCGGGAAGCGCUACUGGCGGUGGCGGGCUAUCUGGCAACACAGCAAAACAUUUACAUGUCCAAACCGGACAACUCCGGUAACACACCACUGCAUCUGGCACUGAAAUAUGGUUUCAACGAGAUCGCGACCACAUUAUUGAGGCAACGUUACGCUUACAUUGGUUUGCGUAACCGGGACAACCUGACGCCGUUGGACUACGGUGGGUACGGAUUCUGGAAGACCUAUCUCGAUAGCUGCAUUGAAGUCGACAGUGAACGAUCCGCCCAGGACCGAAACGUACUGCGGUUCAACCUGAACUGCUUGGAACCGUACCGAUUGAAGAAACCACAGGCAACAGGAGUCGCGACAGCAGCCACAAAAACUGCGUCUUCCUCCGCGUUGGCCGGUCAGCAAAAGGAAAGUGGAUUCCACGUUAUCCAGGAAGCAUCGAAAGUGAAACAACAGCCACACAAGUACGCUCGCGUCCAGACCGAAAUGACCGUGAUACGGCAGAUCGCGGAAUCGAAGGAAUUGAAGCGGUUACUGAUUCACCCCAUUAUCUACACGUUCAUUAUGGUCAAGUGGAUUCGGUUAAGCCACUGGACGUACCUGAACCUUCUGCUCACUGUCGGUACGAUGCUGGUUUUCGGAUGGCACUCGCUGGACGCUUGCUCCCUCGAUGGCAGCCCCGCCCUACCGCUCAAGAUCUGUGCAGGCUUUGGCACACUGUGCAUCGUUGUUCGUGAAGUGUUGCAGCUUCUGUUCCUGCGAAAGUCCUACAUUACGUUCGAGAACGCGAUGGACAUUGGGAACAUCGUGGCAAUGGUCGUGGUGCUAUCGCAGGGCUGCAAUGGGCUGCUCUCGUCCUUUCUGAUGAUCAGCUUUGCCAUGCAGCUCACCUUCCUGCUCGGUUCGCUACCGUUCAACACCCUCUCGACCAUUAUGUACAUGUUCAAGACAGUCUCGCAGAACUUUCUCAAGAGCUUCCUGCUCUUUCUGCCACUGAUUAGCUCGUUUAUCUUCGCGUUCUACCUCACGUACAACGAUACACUGGCGGUGGCAGAUGGAUCGGCAUCGGCAGCGAACAGCACCAUCGACACAUCCUCCACUGAGGACAACUUUAACAAUUUCCGCACGUUCUGGAACGCCACCAUCAAGACGCUGGUCAUGACGACCGGUGAGUUCGAGGCGGCUGCCAUCGACUUUAGCGGUGGCAAGCUGCUCCUGUUCAUGGUAUUCCUCUUCUUCGCCCCCAUCGUCAUCCUUAACCUGAUCAACGGUCUCGCCGUCAGCGAUAUUGCGGCGAUCCGCGAGGAAUCCGAGCUGAUCAGUAUCAGCAAAAAGGUGAUGCUGUUGGAGCGGUACGAGCGGGGCGUUGUCAACGUACCACUAGGCUGGAUGAAGCGCAAAUUUCCCGAGCCCUUCUUCGAGUGCCACAACUGUUGGAUACACAUCCGGACCGACCAGUUCCGGAAGAUUUUUAUCCAUGUACUUAACCCGGUGGUAACGCCAUCGGCAGCUGGGUCAGUGGCCGAGCAGAGCACGAAACCGAAAAAGGAAAAACCGACACCGGUCUCGCUGUCCUCCUGUUCCCUGCUGUGGCCCAAUGGCACCGAUAAACUCAUCAACUUGCGCCUCUUCAAGUUAACCUCCUUCCUCAAGCUCGACAGUGCCAUUGCAAACGAGGCGCUGGCCGUGAUCGAACGAAAGCUGCUGAGCACCAAGCAGCCAGCGGUGAUGGAGGCCCGAACUGUGGCCAGUUCCGAGCAACCGCUGGUUACCGGCACAAAGCACACCGUCGAUCUGGCAGCAUUACAGAACGAGGUACGCGAACUGCGUAUCCUCAUGGAACGGUGGCGCCUGGAGCUGCAAGGAAUGCGCAAGGAGAAGCUGGCUGGCCGGAAGCAGCAGAAGACAAAGCAAAAGAAACGAGCGCGGCAGAAGCUGUCAGAGUUAGCUAGGGAUCUUUAGGUGCGGGCGUUACGAACGAAUGGCCAUUUUACACACCUUUAUCCCUUUAGGCCAAUUGCUCUACAUUAGACAGCGUUUGCCGUUGGUCUUUAGAGUUUUAGGCAAGGUUUCCGGGAAAUUAAAAGGGUGUCUCGGCGUUAGAAACUAUAAGCAAACGGCAAAUGGUGUAAUAGUGGCAAUAAAUCGUGAAAAACUGUUCACUUUGAGGUGCUGAA